AUGAGCUCGGAGCACCAGGGCGCCAGCGAGGACGCCGACGAGUCGCAGGACAGGCCCGACGGCGACAAAGACGUGGACCCCGGCGUCGACGACUCCGGGGAGGAGGAUGACAUCGCCCGGGAGGUCGCACCGCCUCCGCCCGAGAGCAGCGCGGAGCGGCCGGAGCGAGCGGUGCGCGCCGGGGCAGCGUCUCCGGCGCCCGGCGCGCAGGAGCCCCUCUGCCCGCCGAGCGCCGCGCCGCAGACGGGGAGCGUCGGGGGGGACAGUGUGUUCAACUGGCUGCGGAGCAGGACUAUCAGACGAGGGGUGUUUGUAGACCCAGCCAGAGACAACUUCAGGACAAUGACCAGUCUGUACUGCUCCAUGAACCCGGCGGUGGAGUCCGUGAACCUGAGCACCCAGACCCACGGAGCCGUGUUCAACCUGGAGUACUCCCCGGACGGGUCUGUGCUGACUGUGGCCUGCGAGCAGACUGAGAUCCUGCUGUUUGAUCCCAUCUCAUCCAGACACAUCAGAACCCUGACGGACGCCCACGAGGACUGUGUCAACAACAUAAGGUUUUUGGACAAUCGUUUGUUCGCCACCUGCUCUGACGACACCACAAUUGCAUUGUGGGAUCUCCGUAAGCUGAAUACAAAGGUCUGCUCUCUGCACGGCCACGCCAGCUGGGUGAAAAACAUCGAGUACGACACCAACACACGUCUCCUCGUCACGUCAGGCUUCGACGGCAACGUCAUCACAUGGGACACUAACAGGUUUACAGAGGACGGCUGCCCGCACAAAAAGUUCUUCCACACUCGUUAUCUAAUGAGGAUGCGUCUGACGCCCGACUGUUCCAAGAUGCUCAUCUCCACGUCCUCGGGGUACCUGCUCAUCCUCCACGACCUGGACCUCACUCAGUCCCUGGAGGUGGGCAGCUACCGGAUGCUGCGAGCUCGACGGACCCCCCUCACCUCCGAUGGAGGCACAUCAGCAUCCAGGUCAGCUGGAACUCCUCGCCAGGGAAAUGACUCCAGCAAGAUCCACCCUCACAGAGAAGGACUGUCUCCCCGGAACAGUCUGGAGGUUUUGACUCCAGAGAUCCCAGGAGAGAGGGACAGAGGGAACUGCAUCACCUCCCUGCAGCUCCAUCCCAAAGGCUGGGCCACGCUCAUCCGCUGCUCCAGCAACAUGGACGACCAGGAGUGGACGUGUGUGUAUGAGUUCCAGGAGGGAGCGCCCACCCGCCCGCUGGUCUCCCCCCGCUGCUCGCUCCGUCUCACCCACUACAUCGAGGAGGCCAACGUGGGGCGGGGCUACAUCAAGGAGUUGUGUUUCAGCCCAGACGGACGGCUCAUCUGCUCGCCGUACGGCUACGGCGUCCGCCUGCUUGCCUUCGACGAGCGCUGCGGCGAGCUUGUGGACUGCCUGCCCGUCCAGACCAGCUGCCUCAGAGAGAUCCGCUCCAUCUACUCGCACAGCGACGUGGUGCUCACCACCAAGUUCUCCCCGACACACUGCCAGCUGGCCUCGGGCUGCCUCAGUGGGCGUGUGGCGCUUUACCAGCCCAAGUUUUAGCAUCUUGUGUUGCCAGAGGACGGUGAAGUGCAGACCUGGGUCGAGACGCUCUGAUCAGGACGUAGACCUGGAAAAAUUCUGAAGAAGCAUUUAGUGUUUUCCAGGUUUGUUUUGUUUUUGCAAAACAUUCGGACCUCUUCAGUAUCAUUCAGAGGAAUUUACAUUCUCUGAAAUCUCAAAAUGUCGAAACUAAAUUUGUUUUAAAAAGCUCAGUGGGUCAGGUGGGUGGGAUUUACACAGUGCAUGCAGAUGUUUCAAAUAGUGUGACACAGGUAUCAAAGUCAGUUUUAUUUGAGGCCUAAUUCGACUUUAAAACACUUAUUAAGAUUUUCCUCAAACCCGUAGUCGACUGAUCUGUGAAUAAAACACCACCCAUCUGGAAACUAAUCUGCUUUAAGCAAAUCUCAAGACCCAGGUCUGCAGCUGUGGAGCAGUUUGUCUAGAAAAUGAAAAAUAUAAGAAGAAGACUUUGGCAGUGCC